UAAUUAAUUGUUUUUUAAAAUAAAAUAAAUAAAAACGUUCGUCUUCUUCUUCUUCCUUCCGAGUGGAGAAACGUUUCGACGAGUGAUUUAAAGAAGAUGCAUUCUUUUGGGUACAGAGCGAACGCUCUCCUCACAUUCGCUGUCACGAUACUAGCCUUCAUCUGCGCGAUUGCGUCCUUCUCUGAUAACUUCAGCAACCAAACUCCCUCUGCUCAGAUCCAGAUAUUGAAUAUCAAUUGGUUUCAGAAGCAACCCCAUGGAAAUGAUGAGGUCAGCUUGACACUGAACAUAACAGCAGACUUGCAGUCACUAUUUACUUGGAACACAAAGCAGGUAUUCGCUUUUGUAGCAGCAGAGUAUGAAACCUCAAAGAACUCACUGAAUCAGGUUUCUCUAUGGGAUGCUAUAAUACCAGAGAAAGAGGAAGCCAACUUCUGGAUUCAAAUCUCAAACAAGUACCGUUUCAUAGACCAGGGACACAACCUCCGAGGGAAAGACUUCAACUUGACACUCCACUGGCAUGUCAUGCCCAAGACUGGCAAGAUGUUUGCUGACAAAAUAGUCAUGUCUGGUUAUCGUCUACCCAAUGCGUACAGAUGAUUAUGUAAGAGGCCUCAUGGAUAUCAUCUAGGAAUGAAAGAGAGUUUGUUUGUUCAGUUGUUUGAAACAUUGUUUUGUAAUGAACUUAUGAGCUAAUAACUCAAAAGACUUAAUCCUUCAUUGACUCUUUUAGCAUUGCUAACUUCAUAAAGAUUAUAGAUUUUUUGCAGAAA